UACAAGCUUUGCUAGUGUUAAGGACAAAAAACCAAUCAAGGCCAAUAUAAGAUAUUAUGGUAGAAUCAUUGAUAUUGUUGAGUUAGACUAUUAUAGCCAAUUUAAAGUUGUGUUAUUUAAGUGUGAGUGGUUUAUGGCUGAGGAAGAUAAUUAUGGUUUGACAUACGUUCAUUUCAACAAAAGAUGUUACCAAGACGAACCAUUUGUGUUGGCAAGCCAAGCACACCAGUGCUUUUAUGUGAAAGAUCCAUAUAUUCCCCAAAAGCAUUAUGUGAUGAAAACGGUUCCAAGAGACUUGUUUAACAUGGGUUUCCAAUUACAGUUUGACCCUAACAUAGGAGAGCCACAUGAAUCUGCGAAUAGUCUGAUACCCUUAAGUGAAAUUGGUGAGGUAGACUUGGUUAGACAGGGUGUGCGACCUACUAUUGUUGAUGUGACACCGAACAAGAUCAAACCUAAAGACAAAGAAACAGAGUCUGAUGAGUUUCACAGUGAUGCUGAAAUUUAGUGACUAUAAGGAUGAACAGUGAAGGAAAUCCCAAAAGAAAAAGGCUAAGGACCCUAUCACAAAUAGAGUCACAAAGAAGUCCCUUGAAGAUGAGGAGUCCAAUAAAAAAUUCAGGAAAAAUUCAAUUCACAAGUGCUUAUGCAUUGCUGAAACAAUUUCAAAUCAAAAGGGAACAUAUUUUAGCUGUAUGUGGGGAUAGUAGCAAACAUGAGACAAGGAAAAAGGGCAAGAAGUCAACAAAGAAGGUGACAAGAGUCGAUGAUAAAGGUCAAAGCAAAAUGCCAACUAAGAAGAUAACAAACAACAAGGACAAGGUGAUCAAUGAAGAUGAGGGUCAAAUCAAGAUGCCAAUGAAGAAAUCCAAAGAAGAAAAUCAUGUAGUCAAUAUGAAAGCCAAUGAACAUGAGGCCCUAGGUGGGAAGAAGCUGACUAGGAAGAAGGUACCAAUGAAAAAAUCAAAGAUGGAAGAUGGUAAAGCCAAUAUGAAUACCAAUGACGGUGAUGGUCAAAGCAAGAAGCCGACCAAAAAGAAGAUGCCAAUGAAGAAAUCAAAUGAAGAAGAUGGCAAUGAAGAAGAAGAACACAAGAUUGAGUCUCUUAUCCCAAUUAUGACUCUAGAUGAAUUCUUCAAAAAAUAUGGGAUAUCAUUGGACGAAAACGAUGAAGAAUAUGAAUAUGAUUAUGAUGAUCACAAUCCAAGUGUUGGGGAUAGUAGUGACAGUCAACACAGUACCAAAAAGAAAAAAGCUCGUGGUCCCACCCAACUCAAGCAUAUUCAUGCCAUGGAAACACAAAUAGAGUCAACAUGGUACAAUGUCAAACCCAUAGGCCCAACAAAGACACAAGUUCAAUUAUUUAGUCGGUUCUUGGGCACACUUGCAAGAAACUCUAAUUUGGUCACCUUAUUAUAUACUAAUUGGCAAGCUGUGUCCAGUGAGACUAAAACUUCAAUGUUGGAUUAUGCAAAGUCUAAAUAUAACAUUCCUAGUGAUGCUGAGCCUUGGGUGAUAGAUACCAUCGGAGAGUCAUGGAAGCAAUUUAAGAAACGCAUAAAAAAAUGUCACUAUACACCGUACAGCUCAUUCAGAGAGAUGAUGAAAAAUCGUCCAAUGACUAUACCUGAACUGCAUUUUCGAAAAUUAGUUCAAUUUUGGAGGCUUGAUAUCAGCAAAGUUAUUUCUGACAUAAAUCGUGAAAACAGAUCCAAGCAAAAAUGGAAUCAUCGAAUGGGUCCAGUUAGUUUUGAGUUAGUACGCGCUGAAUUGCGUGCAAAGAAGGAGGACAACAAAGAUCCAUUACAAGCUGAGAUGUUUGUUGUAACUCGUACAAACAAAAAAGGAGAGACUGAUUCAGGAACACAAGAGAUGAUUGAUCAUAUUCAAAAUUUGAAACAAGCAGGAUACAGUGAUAAUGAGGUAGUUCAAAUAGUUUUCGGAAAGGAAAGACAUGGUAGAGUUCAUUUCUAUGGUCGAUCAGUCACAAAAUCCUCUCUUAAAAAGGAUAAGCAGAUCUGACAAAUGCAACAACAACAUACUGAAGUGGUUUCAACUAUGGAGAAAAAUCAAACUAACUUAACUUCCAAGUUGGAUGGUUUAACAAACUUGAUUAAAACGUUGUUGCAACAAGUCAAUCCUGGUAUGAGUGCAGAACAAGUGCAAGUAAUGAUAGAAGCCGCCCAACAAUCUCCACCUGAUGCGAGUAGUGCACCAAAUGAUGCGCGGCGAAGCAUUCCUCCUUCACUUGGAUCGAACCAUGUAUCAAAGGAUUUCGAAGAAGACAUGAUGUGAAGAAAAUAUGUUCCAUACAAAUAUGACAUGGGAUGGGUCUUACACUUUAGUUAUCUAAAUGUAAUUUUU